AUGGAAAGGGAGUCUGGGUUAACAAAAGCUCCAGUGCUUUUCCCUUUUCUGAUCGAGGAGCCGAAAUCUGCUCACCAAGACGCCUUUCAUCUGACUGGUGUAAUGACAAAGUGGUCUGAAAAGCAAUCACGAUUGAUCAAGGAUGCUUUUCCGCCGAACAAAAAUGUGCUGCACGACAGAGAGCGAAUUUUGAAAGGGUUUCACAGUACAAGUCAUAAGGAGGCCAAGAAUUAUUCGUGUCCAAAUAUCGUGGAUAUGAGUAGCAUCAUUUUUUGCCAUGAUAGUCAUGUAAGCAAGAACAGCAGGCCACGCAGGAUUAUAAAUGGAUUUUUCCCCAACAAGAUACGAAGCACCCAGGCGAGUCUGGUAAAUGAUGGAGCAAGUCAAAACAGGGGUCGAACCGCGGUCCAGUCACAGGUAUGUCAGUAUAAAAAACGCCAUGCCCAUGGUCUCAGUGUAUUUAAAGCGCACAAGUUGUUACAAAUCUGUUCACAAGCUGUCGACAAGUUGUGUUCGCACUGCUUGUUCCCAGUUGUUCUAACAAGUUUGGAACAAGCUGUUAACAACUUGUAACAAUCGUGAUGGCAUUAUCAAACUUGUUACAAGGUUGUUCUAACAAGGUUGUUCUAACAAGUCUGAUACAGUCAUGCUAUAACAAGGAUGUUACAAGGGUGACUGCUAACUCUCAUCCUGGCUUUAGUGCGGGAAACUGCAGUAUACCCGGAUGAAAGUUGUAGUAUUUGGCAGAGUGCAACGACCACUUUCCUCACAUACGACUGAAGAGGGUCUACCAUCUCAUAUGCUUUUGUUCAAAAGGAGAAAACUCGUAGAUAAAGAUCGACUGCCUUUAAUUGAGCGCAUAUUAAAAUUUGCAACAGCGCCAAAUGAGUUUCCUGCCAAGGCCCAAGAGCUCAUCCCAUAUUUGAAUGUUAAUCCUUGUUCCAACAGAACAGCGACAUUAUUUGUUUUGUACUUGGGUUUGUUUAUUCGUUACAGAGAACCAAUAAUGCCAGACAUAAUUGAACACAAAAGCGCAAUAUGUAGGACUGUACAUUGACUUGCUCUCGUAACGCUUAUUGAAACCCUACAAUUGAUACAUGUUUUGCUAUAUUUGAAAAUAUCUCCGAAACUAUUACAGCCUAUCCAUUAAAGUGCACCUAACCUCAAUUCUUUUAACAUCUCAUUCCUAAGAACCUUUGAAAUGAUAUUGUAACUUAUUUUGAAGAUUUUCGUUUGCACAUUUUGUCUCUGAGUUAUUUCAGUUUUAUUGAUAUCAUGAUAUGCAAAUGCCCGGAAUUUACGUCACAUAUGAAUAAUGACUGAUCAAAGAAUGUAAGGUACAGUUAAAUAUCAUGAAAUAAAAAGGCUAACUGGUGUUUUACAUAGGUAUAUGUAAUCCUCCCACAACUCCAAACUUCAUUUGAAUGAAUUCAACUCGAUAGUGAAUACGAUAUACAAGCUUUUACUUUAAAUCAUUCUGCAUUUGUGACGUAAAUUCCGGAUAUUUGCAUACCAGAGAAACUGAAAUAUCUCAGAAACAAAGUGAGCAAACGAAAAUCUUCAAAAUAAGUUAUUACAUCAUUUCAGAAGUUCUUAAGAAUGGGAUGAUAAAAAUAAUUGAGUUUAGGGCAUUUUAAUUUUUAUGCUCAUUUAAAAUGUACUAUUCCGAUAUAGGAAACUCUAUUGGAAGACCUGAGAUUUCAUUUUAUUUUUUCAAAGGUUGGGAUGUGUUUAGGAGGAAAAAAAGAUUCAGCAAAUUUAACGGGAUUGAGAGGAAACCAUCAGUCGAAAACGAGGUUUCUUCAUGGACCAAAUUCAAGCACAUGUCAUCCCGAGGACCGCUUUGAUGUUUGCGGUUCGCAUUGGCCAGUACGAAAUGCUUCACCAUCACCAUGGUUACAGAGAUAUAAAAUCAAAAAGAGGGCAACCACGUCAUAUGCUUUGCAAAAGUCAGCCCAAAAUGAGGAAGGAAUCGAGAGCAGGCCAAAAAAACGGAGUCAGGUCUAUAUGAACUUAUCAAAUGCUGUGAUUUUGGAUGCAUUUUGA